AUGCCCACCCCGGGGGGUAUAGAUGUUACGCACGGCUCCAAAGGGUGCCUUCACCCCACCCGUCACCUCUUUCAGGAAGACCUCGAAGUUGGACACUUUCUUCUCGUGGAUGACAAUGCGGCGUCCCGGGAAGAAGGCGUCCCCGUUGCGGUACACCAGCACGCUCUUCACCGCUGGCUGGGAGAGCCACGACCCCUUCACGCCAGGACUAGCCAUGCUGGGCAGCUUCAGCCCUCCCGGGCAGCCCGAGCCGCCCCGCUGGCACCUGUUUGUUCAGGAGAGGGCUCCACACCUGUGCCACCGGAGCCCACCUCCGGGGAGGAGGAGGAGGGUGUCCGGCGACGCGGGGAGGGACCGCAGCCCCCCCGGGGCUCGUAG